AUGCCGGAUUUAACAUCACCAACGCCAUCUGAUCCGGUAAUUAAAUCCUACUUUUUUUUUAAAUUUCCAAAUUAUAUUUUGUUUACAGUUUUACGAAAAUAUCGAUGAAUUGGUGCAGUUAAAACGACCAUCAGUUUCAGAAUUUCUGAAAUCUUUGCCUCCACCACCGCCUCCAAAUUAUGAUGAAGUUGAUUGCUCUCAAUUUUUUGCUACUAAUCGGUACGAUCUUUAAGUUUCAGUUUUCAAUGUUUUUUUCAUUUCCGAUGAUCUCGAAAACCGGUUAUUCUAGUAUUUACUAUAAGUCAAGUAGAUAUCUUUUAAUGAACGAACACUUGAAAAUAUUUAUGAAUGAAGAAAUGAAUGAUACUAGGAUAUACAAAACACAAACUAUAUUGGUUAUCCGGGUUUUUUCAAAGAAAAGUGAAAAAAAUCAAAAGUGGGAGAUGAAAUUUUUUGAAGCGUUGAUCAUUCAGAAACAAUAACAGUCACACUUAUUUUCUUGAUUUCAUUAAUCACUUUCUUUGUUGUACUGAUAAGUGAUUUAAACCGAAGCAAAUCCAAAAAUAUAUUUUUUAUGAAAAAAGUAACUAACAAUUUUUUGUAAAUAGAAAAGAUAGUAAUGUUUGAAUUUUUGAGUUAUCUGAAUUUGAGCACAAAAUGGGAUUUCGACUAUCUUUGAGCUUUCGAAGAAUAGUUAAAUGAGAAAACUUAUUCAGUCAAAAACGCCAUCCUUAUCCUAUUUCGAGCUAUGGGAAAUUUGGGGUAAUCAAUCAGACAUGACCUUGUUAUUCGUGCCUUGAAAUUUCGUUUUUUGGUUCAUUGAUAACUUUUUGAGGAGCUUUAAAAAAUUUACAAUACAAUUUUCUGCUCGUGUAAAAUUUUCCAAGUAAAAAAAACAAACUCCAAAAAUUUCUAACUGGAUUUUAGAACAUUUUUCAAAAUUCAAAUUUCUUUUUUAUCUGCUUCCAUUAUUUUUCUAACAAAUUCUAAAAUAAUCACAAUGAAACAAUUUGUAGAAUCUAGUCUCAUCCAAUUAGCGAACUACUUUUUUGUUCUUCGGUCAUGAUAUAUUUUUUUCAGAACAUCUUCAACUUCAUCAAAUUCUUCAAAUGUAUCCGAGAAAAACCAACAGAAAGCAAUGCUUUCAACAAAAUUGAAAACAAUGGCUGGAAAAGAAAAACUAUCAACAUCGUCAUCCCUAACAUCGUCAUGUUCAUCAAGUGUUUCUUCAUCAGCUUCAUCUCGCCGAUAUAUUAUUUCAAAUAACAAUAUAAGCAAAAACAACAACAACAACAAUAGUAAUAUUAUUUCUAAUAAUCAAAUCAAUUCAAAAUCUCCGCCUAUUUCUUCUCUGGUUCCUCCUAAUUCGUCUUCAUUUUCCUCCAAUUUUUCUUGUUACGAUAUGCGGCCACUUUCAUUACCGCAUAAAGAAAUGCAAAGAAUCGAAAGAGAACAAUCUCAUAGGUCGGUUUUUGAUCCCGAAUUUCAGAACGAUAAUAAUAAUAAUAAUCAUAAAAUAAGAAAUUCUGAAAGUUCUCUAAAUAUUCCUUGUUAUUAUUUUUGUAUUCCUUCAUGUUCAAUAAGGUAAGAAAAAUAUUUUCAAGAAGUUGUACACUUCAAUUUUUCUUUAAAAUAACUAAUUCAUCAUAUUUCACACUAUUAAAAAGUUUUAUUGCGUAAUACUUGGAUAUUACGAUUUUUCUGGCUAACAAAAAUGAUAUCAUCUAGUGAAAAUAUUGUUCGGUGAUCAUUGGGAUAUUAGAAAUAUCUCAUAAAUUUCGGAUAUUUUAUUAAACCUAAAAGAUCACGUACAAAUCAAACAAGGAUUCAAAUUGAUUGCGUUAAUUACGCAAUGACGUAUUUGUUAAUUUAUAGAAAACAUAAGAAGAACAAGUUUUUUGUUUGGAAAUGAAAUGAAUAAUUAUCGAGUGACCGAUUCAUGUAAAUCUUGACCCAUUUCAUUUUUCCGGGAUAAAAUCAAUUAAAAUGUUUUUUUUUGCAACUUAGAACAAUGUCCACAAAGGUGGCAACAUUUUCAAGAUAACUGAAAGAUUUUUGCAGACCGGGGGAGGGGGUUAAGUUCUGAUUUCACAUCAUAGUUGAAGAAGCAUAAUAAGCUCUCUGGACAAUACUAUGCUCGAGCCACUCCUCUGUGAACUCUCAACGUUCAAAAAUUGCACAUUUUUACAUUUAUAACCUAAUCAAAUAUAUUUUUCCAGAGUUCUGAUCAUCACUCUUCUUAUCAUAACAAUUGUCAUAAUUCUGAUUGCAUUUUCAAUUUAUAUGUAUUAUGAUCAAAUUGAGCAACAUCUCAACACAAUUGCAGAAAGUUUUUAA